GGGCGUGGUCAGAUUCUGUCUGUUUAUGAGCACCGUACAGUUCGCGUGAGUUUGAUGUGUUGGUGAAGUCGAUGGUAAGAAGUGGUUAUAAUGGAAGCAAGACAGAAGCAAGAGAUGAAGCCUCUGCGGAUGCAGACAGUAGGCGAAGAGGAAGUCAAUGAAGGUAUUGGAUGUUGUGGCUGGCUUCUGGUCUUCUUCUCGUUCCUAUUAACACUUCUCACACUUCCACUCUCCAUUUGGAUGUGCAUCAAGAUCGUGAAGGAGUAUGAACGUGCCAUUAUUUUUCGCUUGGGACGCAUCCUGCCAGGUGGAGCAAAAGGACCAGGCCUCUUCUUUGUCCUGCCAUGCACUGACAGUUUUGUUAAGGUGGACAUGCGUACCAUAAGCUUUGAUAUUCCCCCACAAGAGGUGCUUACAAAAGACUCUGUCACUGUCAGUGUGGAUGGUGUAGUUUAUUACCGUGUACAGAAUGCCACCCUGGCAGUAGCCAACAUCACUAAUGCAGACGCAGCAACACGAUUAUUGGCACAGACUACCCUACGGAAUGUGCUGGGAACGAAGAACCUGUCGGAGAUCCUGUCUGAUCGAGAGGAGAUUGCACAUAGCAUGCAGUCCACUUUGGAUGAUGCAACAGAUGCCUGGGGCAUUAAAGUGGAAAGAGUGGAAAUAAAAGAUGUCAAACUGCCUUUGCAACUACAGAGGGCCAUGGCAGCAGAAGCGGAGGCAUCUCGUGAGGCCCGGGCAAAAGUGAUUGCAGCAGAAGGAGAGAUGAACGCAUCAAGAGCUCUAAAAGAGGCCUCCAUGGUCAUUGCAGAAUCGCCAUCCGCAAUACAGCUGCGUUACCUGCAGACACUCAACACCAUUGCAGCAGAGAAGAAUUCUACCAUCAUCUUCCCUCUGCCUAUUGACAUGCUGCAAGGCUUCAUGGGAUCCAGGAAGUGAGCUGAAGUACUGACGUGUUCUCCAACAGUGACUGGCUAACGCGUCGCUGCUUGCUUUGGUAAUUCAAUAUGUAAAGUACAGAGUAUUGGCCAAAGUGUUCUUGGGGAGUCCGUUGUAUUCUGAAAUGGGCGAGCAGGGCCUAUUUCUGCUAACAGACCCUGAACUAAACUGUGUCACUACUGUUUGUUCUUAAUAAUUUGAUACAACCCGUGACUUUAACUGCAUGCUGGUGGUGAAUCAUUUUUGUUUUUAAAUUUUUACCUUUUUUUACUAACUAAAACUUUUUUAAACAUUGAGCUAUUGUACAGCAAAUGUGACCGUGUAAAUGUAUUAUGACUUUUUAAUGUAUUCUUUAUAAUCUCUAACAGGAAAAAUAUAAGCCAUUUAGCUUUGCUUCAAACAAUUAAAGGAUUCCGUUUUAAUGAAAUUAAGGAUUUGUUAGGAAAAAUCUGCAAGUGUUGAGACACCUGGACAUGAACUGGAGUACCAAGAAACUUCUAAACCAGUAAAGAUCUGGAAGGCCAAUGUUGAUUAGCAUUUCAGUGAAUUAUUGCUAUUAUAAUAAUUAUAUUAGAAACAAUACAGGACAUAUCAAUUGUCUCCUUUUGAA